AUGUCUGACCCCAAGAGCUUCAGGUUCACCUUGAAAGCCAUGAUUAACAAGCAAAAAACUAAGGUUCUAUAUGUCGAGGCCGAUAACCAUUUUGCUGAUGUUCUGCUGAGCUUCCUGGCAUUGCCGUUGGGAACAAUUAUUCGAGUGCUGAAAAAACACUAUGGGACUGAAGUCCCUGUCUUGGGAAGCUUCACCACUUUGUACAAUGGGUUACACGAUUUGGACAGUGGCCUUUUCUUGACACAGGACUGUAAGAACCUGCUGCUCAACCCUGUAAGCUUGUCUGAGACUGAAUGCCGUAGACUGAAAAUCAGCGUUGAUGACGCGCAGCCCACAAAGUACUUCAAAUGUGGAGAUAUAAAUUGUAGCUACAGCAACUUCCCAGAUGUGAGCAUGUAUUUCAGUGGAUUGAAGUGCAAUUGCGGGAAACCGUUGGACGAAGCAAUUUACAUGAGAGAGGAGGAGGAUAGUAAAAGAGGGGUGUUUAUUACAAGUAAAGUCUCCUUAAUUAUCAGUGAUGAUCUUCAAGUAUUGCCUAGUGGGACUGGUUCUGCUGUGCAAAUUCUCCGCAAAUUUGGACUAAUCGAUACAGUCGGGAUCGAGGAAAGGAAUCUGACUUUCAGAUUUAAUGAGAUAAUGGAUUUGCUGAAGGGGUCAUUACUUUCCCGGGAGCCCCUUACGGAAAUCAUUCUCGGAAAGAAGCCGAAUGACUAUAUUGCGGCUAAGUGUGAGAUAGGUGCUACCCGACCAGUUAAUCAGAUAGGAACUUGUAACGUCAAGGACAUAACUGUGAAAGCCAUUCUGCAAGAGUCCACUAAUAAGCUACUGUUUGUUGAGGCUGGUGAUGAUUUUGUGGAACUUCUAUUUAGCCUGCUAGCUCUCCCCCUAGGUGGGGUCGAGUGCUUAUUUGUCAGUGACACUUCCCUUAAAAAUAUAGACAAUUUGUACAAAAGCGUCGGGAUUAUUAUGAGUGGCAAGUAUGGAUGGACAGUGAAUCACAAUCUACUCCAGUAUAAGUUACCAUUCUGCUACUAUUCAAAAAGACACUUUUUCUUACCAUCCAGUAAAGAUUUCCCUUUCUUGUACUUUUAUCCUACUGUAGGAAAAGGAUUUCUGUCACCUUUGUGCUAUGUGGGCUCGUCUAAGGGUACACUUGUGUCCUGUUAUAAGUUUCCGGAAGGCCAAGCAUCUUGCUCUAGUGGUAUUUGGUCGUCUAGUUUUAGUUUCUCAAACUGGCAAGCAAGUUAUGUUAAAGGACCAGCUAUGUAUAUGGUAACCGAUGAUUUAACCGUUAAGCCCUCGACUACUGCCUCUGGCCUCUUUGUUCUCAGUAGCCUGAAAAUCCCAUUAUCCGAUGUAAAGGAACUGAAGCUGCGUGUUGGCUUGGAAGAGGCUAAAAGCAUACUGAAAGCAUCUCUUACUUCGUCUUGUGCCUUGACCGAUGGCCUUAUCAAUCCACUUCUGUUUUGCAGUUGUGCAGGUAAUUGGAGAGCUUCAUCUUCGCAAGACCAGUUGAGCUUACUGACAGUGUUAAUGGACGAAGAAGAAGAAGUGGAGUUAGUUGCUGUGGUUGAGGUGGUGUUCACUGUGAUUAAGAUUUUUUUGUUUUUCGUUCAAAUGUACAUACAAAUAUUUCGCCCACGUGGGCGAAAGCGAACUCGAGCAUCGUUAGACAUGGAAGACCGGUUCAUGGACCUGAUGGAGUCUUUUUGCACGAACAUGGACAGUCAACUGGCGGAACUUGUGAAGAGAAUUGGCUUCAGGUAUGACGCGGAACAAAAAAGGAAGGCCAUUUAUGAAGAGAUAAGUGGGAUGCACUUUCUAUCUGUGGAGGACAAGGUUCGCGUUUGUAUGUACUUUUGCAGGAAUUUGAAAGUGAAAGACCUAUUCUCUAGCAUAUCACCCGAAAACAAAACUGUUAUGGUUAGGAUGAUCCUCGAGGGUCGGCUGUAG